AUGGCUAAUUACACUUUACAGGAGAACAAGGGCAUUUGGGCCGUACCUUUGGAAAUCACCGACUUCAACAUCUUGGUUGCUCUGUUGGGUGGAUUCAUUUCGGUUUUUGGGCUGGUAUCAUAUCUCUUCAAGGAAACAUUUUGCCUAUCUGAAGCUCUCAUAUCGCUCUUGGUUGGUGUGGCCUUUGGGCCAUAUGCGGCCGAUUGGAUUCGGCCUUGGUCCUAUGCCGCUUGUCACCGAGAUGGUCUCACGGACGCGCAAUGCCAGGACCGGCUGAAUGCCAUCACGCUCAACUUUUCCAGACUGGUGCUUGGUGUGCAGCUGGUUCUCGCUGGAGUCCAGUUGCCAAGCAAAUACCUCUGGAAAGAGCUGAAACCCAUCUUGCUACUCGUCGGCCCCGGUAUGGCAUGUAUGUGGAUGGCUACGAGUCUUCUUGUUUGGGGACUGGUUGGCACACCUAGCUUUUUGCAUGCCCUGGCUGUUGGGGCAUGCGUCACUCCUACCGACCCCGUCCUGUCUGCCGUCAUUGUCAAGGGGAAGUUUGCCGACCAUAACAUCCCCAAAGAGUUGCAGGACCUCAUCGUUGCCGAGUCUGGAACGAACGACGGCCUGGGCUACCCGUUCUUGUUCUUCGCCCUCUACCUUAUCAAAUACAUAGGAUCGGGGGCAACAGAAGGCGGUGCCAAGGAUGCCAUGGGCCUUUGGUUUGCCAUCACGUGGGGGUACACCAUUAUUCUCAGCAUCAUCUAUGGCGCUGUCGUGGGUUGGAUAGGCAAAGAAUUGCUUUACUUUGCUAAAAAACGCAACUAUGUUGACCAUGAGAGUUUCCUCGUCUUCGCUGUCGCCUUGGCUCUAUUUGUUCUGGGUACUUGUGGGUUGAUUGGCACAGAUGAUGUGUUGGCGUGCUUUAUCGCUGGGAAUGCCUUCACCUGGGACGAUUGGUUCCGCCUACAAACAAAGGAUGACUCGUUACAGCCGACGAUUGAUAUGCUUCUUAACGUCACCAUCUUCCUAUGGUACGGCGCCUAUCUUCCGUGGAAUGAUUUCGCCCACAACUCCAUUAUUCCAUUGAGUCGGUUGAUCCCCCUUGGACUUCUGGUACUACUUAUACGGCGUCUACCGUGGAUAUUUGGCAUGCACAAAGCUAUCCAUCAAAUUAGCCAGGUACGACAGGCUAUCUUUGUGGGCUUUUUUGGCCCAAUUGGUGUGUCGGCCGUGUUCUAUCUCUACAUCGGCAUAGAAUUCAUCCAGCAGCAUUUGAGUGAUGAAAACAGCGUUCCCAGAUCGGAUGUCAAGGAUCUUGCUGAGACAAUUACAGUUGUGGUUUGGUUCCUCGUCGUGUGUAGUAUUGUUGUUCAUGGGUUGAGCAUUCCCCUCGGCAAGCUAGGGUAUCUCGCGCCCAGACUCCAUCGUGUGCUGAGUGAAAGUCUUAGCGAAACUAUUAGCACUGAUCGGUUCAGCGUCCAAGCUCGCAGACGUAUUCCCUUCUUUGGCAGGUUCGUGAGAGAGCCUGAGGAUGUUGAGGCAAACCUCGCGGCGCAAGUGCGCCAGGGCACCGCGCCGAUUCGUCGGACCGGACAGGGAGUUGUACCUUCCAAGAUAAAACAGCCAGAACAAGAUUCCCGAGGAGCACCGGCUGCAGGCCAAAGCAGCCAUGAAGAUGCUGAGAGCUCCGGAACUCGAAUAGAUGUUGAGGCUGAGGCCAGAGUCUCGGGGGAGUGGACUCCGGCGAAGGGGAGGAACCAAUCUUCUGACGAGCCUGAAGCCCGAAAGUCAGAAGCCAGCACUCCUGGUCGAAGUGCAAGAAGGGAAAUCCAGUUCUCCGACGAAGUGCCACAGAGCCCACCAGCUCCGGCUAAGUAG